CGCUUUCCACGCUGCAUCCUUGACAAGUUAGCGAACGUAGCGCAUGUUUUCAGACAUUUGAUCAGCAAUGGAAGGCAAAGCACACAUUCAAGAUGCCAUUAAAAGCCAAGGAGAAUUAGUUCGGAAGAUGAAGUCUGAGAAGGCGAGCAAAGAGCAGUGUUAGGGUUGCUUACCACUUUUCUCCUGUUCUUCCUGCCUGACCUUGAUCAUCAUCACAUGACCAUCUGUGGAAUAUACUUAUUGCUUCUUUAAAACUGGCUGCUUGCUGACAUUCUCAUUGGAUGACUCCUCCACCUCGGCCAUGUUUGCUGUGCGUACCUGCUGUGAUAUGGUGGGCUUCCCACGCUCAAACUUUGUGCAAUCUUGGCGUUCUUUCAUGGGGAUUACCGUCGCACAGAUUGAUCAAGAAGUGGCCAAACUUCUGGAGUUGAAGGCACAGUUGGGAGGUGAUGAUGGAAAAAACCAGUUUGUCCUGAAGACAGCAAAGGGAACGAGAGACUACAACCCAAAGCAGAUGGCAAUCAGAGAAAAGGUUUUCAACAUCAUCAUCAGCUGCUUCAAACGUCACGGCGCAGAAACCAUCGACACUCCUGUUUUUGAACUAAAGGAGACCCUGACAGGCAAGUAUGGAGAAGACUCCAAGCUCAUCUACGACCUGAAAGACCAAGGAGGAGAGCUAUUGUCCCUCAGAUAUGACCUUACCGUUCCAUUCGCUCGCUACCUGGCGAUGAACAAGAUCAGCAACAUCAAACGCUACCACAUCGCGAAGGUCUACCGCCGCGACAAUCCUGCUAUGACACGCGGACGCUAUCGAGAGUUUUACCAGUGUGAUUUUGACAUCGCAGGGCAGUAUGACAGCAUGGUUCCGGAUGCUGAGUGCUUGAGGAUUGUUCAUGAAAUCCUCAGCCAGCUGGACCUUGGGGACUUUCGCAUCAAGGUCAAUGACAGACGCAUCCUGGAUGGAAUGUUUGCUGUGUGCGGCGUUCCAGACGACAAGUUCCGCACCAUCUGUUCCACAGUGGACAAACUGGACAAGCUGCCAUGGGAAGAUGUGAAGAGGGAGAUGGUGAAUGAAAAGGGCUUGUCAGAGGAAGCGGCAAACCAGAUUGGGGAAUAUGUCAGCAUGCAAGGCGGGAUGGACUUAGCUGAGCGCCUCCUUCAGGAUGAGAAGAUGUCUCGGAGCAAGCAGGCUUCUGCAGGUCUGUCAGACAUCAAACUGCUCUUCAGCUACUUGCAACUUUUUCAGGUUACAGACAAGGUGGUGUUUGACCUGAGUUUGGCUCGGGGUCUGGACUAUUACACAGGAGUUAUUUAUGAAGCAGUGCUGUCUCAGGCCUCCGCCGAGGAACAAAAUGGCUGCCCUGCUGAUGAGGGCGUGAGCGUGGGCAGUGUCGCUGGAGGAGGACGUUACGACGGACUGGUGGGCAUGUUUGCUCCCAGUGGCAAGAAAGUACCGUGCGUGGGCGUCAGCAUCGGCAUUGAGAGAAUCUUCUCCAUCAUGGAGCAAAAAGCAGAGGCUUCAGAGGCCAAGAUUCGCACGACUGAGGUGCAGGUGAUGGUGGCGUCUGCGCAGAAGAACUUGAUGGACGAGAGGCUCAAACUUGUCACUGAACUUUGGAACGCUGGAAUCAAGGCAGAGGUGAUGUACAAGAAGAAUCCCAAAUUGCUGAGUCAGCUGCAGCACUGCGAGGAGACGGGGAUCCCCCUGGUGGCAAUCCUUGGAGAACAGGAGCUGAAAGACGGCGUCGUCAAGCUGCGUGACGUCACCACCAGAGAGGAGGUUGAUAUUUCCAGAGCUGAUCUUGUUGAUGAGAUCAGGAGGAGGACCUCUGAGGACCAACUAGUUAAGCCACAAAGACAAUAGCUGCUGCAUGAACCCAUGAAGAACUGUCUGGCCGGAACACAGCGUGAUUCUAUGAAGACAUGAAUAUCUUUCAUAUUGUUAAUGUAGACACAGUUUGGUGUACACACUUCGUGGUGUACAUGUGUAAUGUGUUGUCAUGCUUUACAGAACAUGUCAUGAUCAGCAAUGGAAACAUUGGAGAAAGAAAAGUAAAGAAUGGAUUCCAUACAGUAUAUUUAUUGUCUCUCUGACCCUCAAUUACUGACAAUGUAUGCCAAUAAUAAAACAUGUUCAUUUGGCCUCUU